AUGGCAAUGACACCUGAAUCAUUUACAGGUGAUCACACAUUUGAUAUGCUUGUUGGUGCAUACCUUAUAGUUCGUAUUAUAGUGUCUGCAUCAAUGAGUUUAAUGUGUGCACCACAAGUAUACUAUGAAUAUCUAUAUUUAUUUGCAAAAAAACGAUUUAAAUUCAAAAGAUUAAAUCCAAGAAUAUUAGUAUUAAUUGGUUUAACAAUGUAUCCAAUCUUUAGAAUUUUAUACUCUGCCAUUUUAUUUAAAACACAUGAUUUUGAUUAUGGAUCGGUUGUUGUUUAUUUGGGAAUGUGGACAACUAAUAGAAUGUGGAUAUUCUCAUGGUCAUUGUGGGGAUUGGUGUUGGCGUAUACUGUUGGAUACUCGAUCAUCUCGGCCUUGGAUAAAAAGGCAACUCCUAUGUUUUAUACUGCCGGGUUCCUAGUGCUACUCGUUUUCUUUGGUAUCUUUGCCGUCGUCAACUAUUUUAUUCUGUAUCGUCAGAUUAAAAAGUAUGAAACCAAGAUGAGAUCGGAUAAUAUGUCACUACGUGUGAGAAAGCUCAAGAUCCUGUCUGCGGCACUCGUCGUCACCAUUGUUUGCGUACUCAUUCGUGAUCUCGUCUACUAUGUCAUCAUCAAGGUGCCAAUGGAUCACAAUCUACGUCACCUCUCUUCAUUUAUCACCUUUUUCUUUGAAGCUCUACAAGGCGUCAUUAUCAUGAUUGCCGUCUCUGAGCGUCCAUCCUACUAUUUCCUUUUCCGUAAUGUCAAUCCACACCGUGGUGACAGUACAGCUUCAUCACACGUAUCAAGUGAGUCCAACUCUCAAUCAGUCGCCUCUAAAAAUAUGGCCACCACAAUCACCAUCGAUGACGGUGCAUCAUCUGUCACUGUUCAACAUCCAAAUAUUAAUAAUAAUGAUAAAUCACAUGUCGUACACCAACAACAACAAGAGAAAAGUUCACAUAUUGCAUUGACUGCUUCAAAUCUUGUUGAAUGGUCUGAUGAUGAAGAUGAAGAUGAAGAUGAUGAGGACAAACAAGAUGGAAAUGGUGCAGAACUUAGUACAAUAGUUAUUGUAGACAAUAAUAAUAUUAAUAAUAAUAAUAAUAAUACAAGUACCAAUUCAGUGGAAUCAACUAAUAAUAUUCAUGACGACCAAGUAGAAUUAACAGCUACAACAACCGAGGCAAUAAUAAUAACAACAAACACGGACAAUGACCAUCCCACCGAUGUAUAA